CGAACAGCCGCCGCGAUGACUUCCUACCAGUCCUCAAACUUCCGCAGGAGCCAGCAGCCAAACGACAGCGCUGUGCCAGACGCAAAGUACAAGACGCAAGUGAACACGCUCCAGGAGCUUUUCCCCUCUUGGUCCAACGAAGACCUUCAAUCUGUCCUCACCGAAGUCGGAGGAGAUGUACAAGUAGCAGCGACGAGGAUAACAGAGGGCCAAGUAGAGCAAUGGGGCGCCGUCACUCGCAAAAAGGACAAGAAAGCACCGGGGCAUGCCUCGAAGGACUCCCUCUCAACUACUGAGCGCGGCGGCUCGAGGGGUGCCCGAGGCGGUCGUGGCGGCAGAGGCGGUCCUGGACGCGGUGGGGCCGCUGGAGGGCGCGGCUUUGGCGCACGCGGUGGCCAUCGCGACUCUAUUCCGCGUGCCCAACACGCUCCCGCCCCCGCUCCUGCCGCCGCACAACAGUCUACUUCCGACGCUCCCACCCAGAACGGCACAAACGGCGUCACGCCGGACGCCACUCCCGCUCCUGCUUGGGGUGACUCUGCUCCAGACCAGGAAGGUCCGGGCUGGGCAUCGGCGACAGAGACAGAGACGACGAAAGCGCCCUCGACCAACUGGGCAGAAACACCUUCUGCCUCUGCUUGGGGUGCAGACACGACGGUGAACGGUUCAGCUGCCGCCAGCCCCUCCGUGCAGUCAAAGUCACUCGCUCCCAAACCUGCAGCCAAGACACCGGCAACGUCGAAGCUGUCUUGGGCUCAAAUCGCACGCGCCCCAGAAAAACCCGCUCCUACACCCGCUCCUGUUGUACCGCCUCCUGCCCCUCAACCCGCUGCACCUGCACCCGCUCCUACGCAAGAACCUACACCUCCUCCCGAACCCGAGCCAGAACUUCAACCCGAAGUAUCCCCCGAACAGCCACAAGAGAACGGAUGGGAAGAACCCACAACUGCUGAUCAACCUCCCUCCUGGGACGACGAACCCCAGACAAAACCCUCCAUCACCGCCACCGAACCAUGGGCCACCUCCGCCGAGCCCGAGCCUGUCGAAGAGGUACACGUCAAGGAAGAGGACUUCCAACCAGAAGUCGAACCUACACCUGCUCCCGAGCCCGCACCAGUUGAGCCACCGGCCCCUGCCCAGCCAACGCCGAAGGAGCCGGAGCCUGUGGCGAAGCAUAUUGCGCCCGCCGUGCAGAUCCGACCGACGUCUGCUGCUCACAGGCACAGUGCAAGGUUCAAGAACACAGAUCAGCCCGUCAUCAUGCCCAACAACUUCGGCGCUGGACUCGAGAAGAUAGGUAUGCAAUUCGGCAGUCUCAGCCUUGGUGGCGAAGACUUGGACUCGCAACCCGAGCCAACACCUGCUCCCGAGCCAGCUCCUCAACCCGCAGAGUCGCCCGUCGCUCCCGCCGCCGUCCCCGAACCCCAACAACUCCCUCCCCAAGCUGCUGCCCUCGUCUCGCCACCAGAACCCUCCGUCCCUGCUCCCUCUGUUUCUCCCUCCGUUCAAGCAUCGCUUCAUUCAGCUCCGACCAUGUUCUCCCAGUCCCUUUCGUCGCACUCCAAUCUCCAAUCCUCCAUCACACAUCCCAACAUCCCUUCCCAACCUCCUUCGUUGCCAUCUCCGGCUGCUAUUCCUUCACCUAUUACUAUGUAUCAGCAGCAGCAACAACAGCAACCCACCCACUCUCCCCAAUCCCUCGGUGGGCACCACCAACAACAGCAGGCUCCUCAACCUCAACAACCGCAGCAGCACCAGACUCCUGCUCAAUCUCACAUCCAGCCGCAGCAGCAACAGCAGCUCCACAAUCAAUACACCCAGCACGGUCUCCCUACGCAUCUCGACCCCUCGCAGAACCAAGUCCAGCACUCGCCGCACUUGGCUCAUACUCAACAGCCUCAGCCUCAACAGCAGACGAUGGCCAGCCAGCAUCCGUACUACCAGAGACAGACCGAACCUCCGUACUUCCAUACUGCGACGCCGCCGGCGGGUCAGGGGCAAGAGGGCACGUAUGGCGCGUUUGGACAGUUGGGUGGACAAGUCCACCAGAGUCAGGGAUCGCAUCUGGGUGGGUAUGGAGGUGCGGACUAUGGCUAUGACAACCAGAGGGGUUUCUACGACUCGUAUGGUCAGCAGCAGUCUGGUUUCAGCCAGCGUGGUGUUUUGCACGACGACGUCAAGAGUCUUCCAGGCCUCCAACAACAGAGCAACCCGCCCUCUGCUGGUCUCCCACCUGCUUCCACUGCCUCGUCGCAGCACCCUCAGUCCGCCGCCGCGACCGCAUCCGCUGCCGCCCAGUCUCAACCUGGCUCUCAAGGCCCUCCUCAAUCCUAUGGAGCUCCUCCUCCCAUGAACCCCUACUACCACCAGUCUCCUUACCCCACCAGCUACGGCUACCCCUCGGCCUACAACUACGGACAGUACAACAUUGCGCCUCAGCCUGCAUUCGUCAAGUACCCCAUUUUCCCCGCUGGUGGUCCUCCCGGAGGCCCUGGCUCCGCACCUUCUCCCGCCCAGAAACAGGGCCCGAGCGCCGUUAGCGUCGGUGCCCAGAGCAACCCCUAUGGUGGAUAUCUUACGCAGCAGCAGCAGAGCUACGAGGAUAUUGGCGCUGGAUAUGGACACCCACAAGCGCACCAACACGGACACGGACAGGCGGGAAGUGGCUUGCCCGGCGGUGACUAUGGGAAGCAGUUGUAUGGCGCGCAGGCUAUGCAAGGAUUCAUGGGUGGCGCUGGAGGUGCCGGUGGCGUAGGUGGAGGCGCGGGUGCUAGUGCCGGUGCGUCGGCCCCUGGACAGGCGCUCGGAAGAGGGCAGGCAGCAGGUGGUGCUUCGCCCGAGAACGCGUACAAGUCGUACGGUGGUGGACAGGGCGUCAAGGACGUCGGCGUUGGUGUCGGUCAGGGUGCUGGAGGUGCUGGUAUGGGCGGAAGCGGGAUUGGCAGUGCUGCCGGCAUGGGCGGUGUCGGACAGGCCGGUGGCCCGCAGGGCAGGGGCGGACAGCAGCCUCAGCAGCCUGGUGCUGCUGGUGGAGGGUUCUAUGGAGCGGGGAGGUUUGCCGGACAGGUACAGGGUGCCCAGGGUGGACAGAACACCCACCAGCAGCAUCAGGGUCCGGCUGCUCAUCACCAGAUGGGGUACCAACACCAGCAGGGCGCUUCGGACGGGGGUUCUCCAUUCUAUGGUUACCAGCCUAGGGCGGGGUAUUGGCAGUGAUCGGUUGAUGACUGCAUAAAAGCUGGGUUUCGCUUUCUCUUAUUGCUCUGAGUCUGAGUCUGUUUUUCCUGUUCCGGUUGCCCGUACGACUAGUUUGGACGAUAUGUCGAUGUGCUGUUAAUCGUGUCCAUGAUGCUCCUUGCAAUGCUCGUCCCGUCUUUCAUACUCUGUUUGCGUUACUUGUAGUGUCUGUCGCUCAAUCAUUUUUUUCUUGUCUCCUCCAUCUCAUCUCUCCUCCAUGUCUUUCUGUGACCUGUCUUGCAUCUCAUUUUUUUCUCUUUCUUGCCCGCCUCACUGUUUGCACCUCUUUUUUUUUUAGUUUUUAUGUCUUCGUUUGCAUCGCCCUCCACCUCUCUCGUCAAUCCCCUGCACGCACGCACGCAUAUCAGUUUCCCAAGUUGUACGUCUAAUGCAUCUGCCGAUUCAGACUCGAGCGUUUUCCUCCAUCCUUCGAAUGGUAUGACAAUCGAGUACACGAGUUU